AAUGGUACUACGAUUGAUCUGCACAUUUGGACAGCUCCCUUGGCUUGUGACUGACUCUGGGGAAGGGUUAAGUCCAGACAGGUUCAAGGAGAGCAAGGGGUUAGGCCAGGGGCGGACUGACAACUCAUGGGGCCCCCGGGCAUAGGGGAUCAUGGUGCCCCUGUGUCCUUGCCCAAACUCAAAAAGCCUAUAAAAAAGGUACCAGGGGCAUCUCAUGGGGCCCCCCUACUGACGCCGGGCCCUCGGGCAGUGCCUGAAAUUCAAAAUGGUCAGUCCCCCCUG